GGGCGAGGCAUGGACCAGCAUCUCAGACGGGGGACGGAGUAAGGGCGGCGCAAGUACCGAGUCUUUCCAUUCGGCGUCCGCUUGUCCUUCCGGCUUCCGGCCCCAAAGGUCAGAAUGGCUCCGGGCAGGACUAUAUGGAGGGCAUCUGCCGCUUGCUGUCUUGUUCGACUCGAGGAUGCCAUCUUCGGUAUGGACCGAGACACAUGGCACCAAACCACCCCGUCUGCUCAACCCAGGGCACUUCUGGCCACGGCGACAUGCUGUCCAUGGGUACGGUCUUUGUGGUAACUGUUUGGUGACUCGUGAGUAGCUCAACCCGGAGACAGCGCUCCCCACGUGUCGGCGCGGCGCCGUAGCGUCUCAGAUAUCCGCCGCGCCGUCCGGCGAAAGAGUCAUCGGCAUCAUCGACGUCGGACUCGGUCAAACCAAAACAUCCUGCUGACGUGGUGACACCUCAUCACACAUUGAUCGAGGGGGAACUCCUUUAGCCUUUAAUGGUUUGGGAUGAAGGGAAAUCUGGACAUUGUCUAACGCCUCGCGCCCCGAGAGCACCGCGCCCCGAGCAAAGCACCGCAGUGGGCGCCCGGGCGCGAUGAACCCGCGGCCCCCGCUGCGAGCCUGCCAAGCUGGAGUCGAACCAAUCGCACUCGUUCCUGCACCGAAGCGGGGGGUCCACUAUGCCGGAGAGUGGGGCGUCCUCGCUUCCAUGACGGCGGUCCGCGGGAGAAGCCAAGGCCUCGAAGCAGCAGCUUCAAUGACGGAGAUUCUGCGACGCUGGCGAUCAGUCAUCUCGCGUUUGCUUGGUCCAUUAUCCGAGCUUCAAAUGUCAAUAUGCGCGUCUGAAAAGAAUUCUUCCCAGGUGCACAGCAUCAUAUAACCUGCAUCGUCUGGUUUCUCCAUCUCAUCUACAAGAGAAACCAACCCGCCGGCUCACAUCUCUUGAUCAUACGAACACACCACGCGACACAGACGAUCAGAUCUUGGGGUGAACCACCCGUCAGCCACACAAUAUGGGGGCCGAAAAGAAGGAGCACACUCCGGCUGAGGAUACCGUCGCCGCCAUUGCUUCGCCAAACGAAGCUGUCAAGGCAGAGGGCGGCGCGUUCAAGGCCUACCUGGUAUGAUGGCCGCCAACCUCAAUUUUUGCAAGCAUGCUGAUGUCUCCCAGAGAAUAUUUUCCUUUGGAGGACCCUUUGAGAAGCUCCUGCAAACCAUCGCGAUAGUAUGCGCCCUGGGCGCCGGCGCCGGUGUGGCCCUGCAGAACUUGAUCUUUGGCAGCUUCGUCACCACCAUCCAGGACUUCACCACCGGCCAGUCCACGCCUCAACACUUUCGCAAUGAAGUCUCAAAGCUGGCGUACGUCCUCGUCCAUCCACAUCAUCACUGCAAGCUAACAUUCCCAGGCUCUACUUUGUCUACCUCGGCAUCGCGCGCUUCGUCCUCGCCUACGGCUACAUCUCCCUGACAACCUUCUCCGCCUACCGCAUCACGAGAAACAUCCGCCACGCCUACCUCCACGCCGCCCUCCGCCAGGAAGUCGCCUUCUACGACAUCGGCUCCGGCGGCUCCAUCGCCACCCAGGCCAUCUCCAACGGCCGCCUCAUCCAGGUCGGCAUCGCCGAGAAGCUCGCCCUGACCUUCCAGGGGCUCGCCGUCUUCGUCACCGCCUUCAUCAUCGCCUUCGUCACGCAGUGGAAGCUGACGCUCAUCGUGUGCUGCAUCGCACCCCUAAUCUUGGUCGUCAUGGGCGUCGUCUCCACCAUCGAGGCCGGCCUCGAGACGAAGAUCCUCGACAUCUACGCCCAGGCGGGCUCCUUUUCCGAGGGCAUCCUCUCGAGCGCGCGCACCGUCCACGCCUUUGAGAUCCGCUCGCGCCUGGUGCAAAAGUUUGACAGGUUCCUUGAGGACGCCCACCGCAUCGGCAACAAGAAGUCGGCCCUGUUUGGCGUGCUCUUUUCGUUUGAGUACUUUGUCAUCUACGCCGGCUUCGCCCUGGCGUUCUGGCAGGGCAUCCACAUGCUGAACCGGGGCGAGAUCACCGAGUCUGGAGACAUUUUCACGUGAGUAGUCCGCAGCAUCUAAGAAAUCCUCAACUGACCGUGUUACAGAGUCCUCCUCUCCGUGGUCAUUGGCGCAACGAGCUUGACCAUGCUGGCGCCCUACAUUAUCGAAUUCACCCGCGCCGCCUCCGCCGCCGCCCAGCUCUUUAAGCUCAUCGACCGCGUCUCCGAGAUUGACCCCUUUGACAAGUCGGGCCACCAGCCCACCGAGACCGUCGGCGUCGUCGACCUCGAGAACAUCUCAUUCGAGUACCCGACGCGCCCCGGCGUCACGGUCCUCGACAACUACUCGCUCCACGUGCCCGCGGGCAAGGUGACGGCGCUCGUGGGCUCCAGUGGCUCCGGUAAGAGCACAAUCAUCGGGCUGAUUGAGCGGUGGUAUAACCCAAAGUCGGGCACUAUCAAGCUCGACGGCCAGCCGAUCAACGAGCUGAACCUCAACUGGCUCAGGAAGAAUGUCCGGCUCGUGCAGCAGGAACCCGUCCUCUUCCAGGGAACGGUCUUUGACAACAUCGCCAACGGCCUCGUCGGAACGCCGUGGGAGUCCUCGCCCCGCGAGGAGCAGCUCCGCCGCGUCCAGGACGCCGCCAAGAUCGCCUUUGCCCACGACUUCGUCUCCCAGCUGCCCGAGGGCUACGAUACCAUGAUUGGCGAGCGCGGCGGCCUCUUGUCAGGCGGCCAGAAGCAGCGCGUCGCCAUCGCGCGGAGUAUCAUCUCGGAACCAAAGGUGCUCCUCCUCGACGAAGCCACCAGCGCGCUGGACCCGCACGCUGAGGGCGUCGUGCAGCAGGCUCUCGACAAGGCCGCCGAGGGCCGCACGACCAUCGUCAUCGCCCACAAGCUCGCCACCAUCCGCAAGGCCGACAACAUCGUCGUCAUGAACAAGGGCGCCAUUGUCGAGCAGGGGACGCACGAGGGAUUGUUGGCGCAGGGCGGCGCGUACACCCGUCUCGUGAGGGCGCAGAACCUGAACGUGGCCGAGGAAGGGUCCAUCACCGAGACAGAGGAGGAUGACGACGAAGCGGUGACGGCGGCGGCGGCGGCUUCCGGGAAGGAGGGUAUUGAGCUUACGAAGACCAUGAGCCGGUACCGGACGACGGACCAGACGCGGAUGGAGGCGCAAAAGGAGCGCGAUAACUUUGAUCACUACAAGCCUAUCGGCCUCAUCAGCGUCGUCAUCCGCAUGGUGCGCGAGACUCCCGAGCUCAAGUGGGCGUACCUCGCGACGUUGCUGGCCGUGAUAGUCGCCGCCGGCGCAUUCCCCGGCCAAUCGCUCGUCAUCGCCAACCUCGUCGACGUCUUCACGAUGACGGGCUCCGAGAUGAUCACAAAGGGCAACUUCUACUCCCUCAUGUUCUUCGUCCUCGCCCUCGGCGUGCUCUGCUGCUACUUCGUCAUGGGCUGGGCCACAAAUGUCAUCGCCCAGGGGCUCAACCACAAGCUGCGCCGGCAGUCCCUCAACGAUUUCCUCCGCCAGGAUCUGCAGUUCUUUGACCGCGUCGAGAACAACACGGGUGCGCUCGCCAGUCGUCUCGAGUCGAACCCGCAGGCCAUCCUCGAGCUCAUGGGCUUCAACAUUGGCCUCAUCCUCAUCUCGUCGCUGAAUGUCAUCGCGUGCGGUAUCCUGGCCAUCGCCACGACCUGGAAGCUGGGUCUCGUCGUCGUGCUCGCGGGUAUGCCGCCACUUGUCAGCUCGGGCUAUAUCAAGGUCAGACUCGACUCGCGCCUCGAUACAAAGACGUCGAAGCGGUACUCUGCCAGCGCGGCGAUCGCGUCCGAGUCCGUGACGGCCAUAAGGACAGUUUCGUCUCUUGCGAUCGAGGAGUCGGUGUUGAAGAGGUACACUGACGAGCUCGACAACGCCGUGAGGGCUUCGACUGGCCCCCUUUUCGUCAUGACUGUUGCGUUUGGACUGACCCAAGCCAUUGAGUACUUUUUCAUGGCCCUCGGGUUUUGGUACGGCUGCCGGCUGCUCUCGUUCAACGAGAUCACAAUGUACCAGUUCUUCGUCGCCUUCAUGGGCACCUUCUUCUCAGGACAGGCCGCGUCGCAGCUGUUCCAGUACUCGAGCAGCAUGACCAAGGGCAUCAACGCCGCAAACUACCUCUUCUGGCUGCACGACCUCCAGCCGUCCAUCCAGGAGACGCCUCAAAACCGCGACGCCGCGCCAAAGGCCGGCGCCUCGGUCGACUUCCAGCAGCUCCGCUUCUCGUACCCCCUACGACCUGAAGCGCAUGUCCUCCGCGCAGUCGAUCUCGAGAUCAAAAAGGGCCAGUUCGUCGCCCUGGUAGGCGCCUCAGGCUGCGGCAAGUCCACGAUGAUCGCCAUGCUCGAACGCUUCUACGACCCGACAACGGGCAGCAUCGUCAUCGACGGCGACGCCGCUCUGUCGGACCUCAACCCCCGCCUCUACCGCCACAUCGUCGCCCUUGUCCAGCAAGAGCCCACCCUCUUCCAGGGCUCCAUCCGCGAGAACAUUUCGUUAGGCAUCGACGCAGAGUCCCUGGACGAAAUCGUCCCGGACACCCAAAUCGAAGCGGCCUGCCGCGCAGCCAACGCGUGGGACUUUGUCUCGUCGCUCCCUGAAGGCCUCGCGACCCCCUGCGGCAGCAGCGGAUUGCAGUUGUCGGGAGGACAGAGGCAGCGCAUCGCCAUCGCGCGGGCGCUGAUCCGCCAGCCCAAGAUCCUGCUUCUCGACGAGGCGACGAGCGCGCUCGACACCGAGUCGGAGAAGAUUGUGCAGCGCGCGCUGGAGGAGGCCGCGCGGGACGGGGAGAGGAUUACGAUUGCUGUUGCGCACCGGUUGUCAACGGUCAAGGAUGCCGAUGUGAUUUGUGUGUUUUAUGGUGGGAGGAUCGUGGAGAGGGGCACGCAUGCGCAGCUUGUUGCCAAGGGGGGCAUGUACAAGCAGAUGUGCGAGGCGCAGAACCUCGAGUGA